AUGAGUCGACGUCGCACGACCAAAGCUCCGACUACCAAUGCAGUUCCUACUAAACGACGCCUCGAGACGGACACAGCCUCUCAACGCGAUACAAAACGAGUCAAAGCAAGACCGACAAAGGUAGCCAAGCGCACGAAGCCAAUAAAGAAACGUCAAUCUCAAGCUAUUUUAAACUCGGUAUCAACAAGAAGGCUACAUACCUUUACCUUUGGUACUGGAAGCUCAGGGGAACUUGGUCUGGGGCAGUACAGAGAUCGUACAUAUCGUCCCACCCCGAAUGAAAUGUUAAACUCCGAUUCAGUUGGUAUUAUCGGCCUAGCUGCUGGUGGAAUGCAUGCUGCUGCAAUAACCCAUGACAAUCGGAUUUUCACUUGGGGCGGGAAUGACGACUUUGCCCUUGGCCGGGACACCACCUUUGAAAUGAAAAUGCAGGAUAUCGAUGAUGCUGAUUCCGACGAUUCGGAAGACCCCGAGUUGAAUCCCUUAGAAGCUACUCCAACUGCAAUUCCUUCCCGCUUCUUUUCGUCCGACGUUAGCUUUGUUCAGGUUGUAGCUGGAGACAGCGCCACAUUCGCUUUAACUGCGGAUGGUUUAGUAUAUGGUUGGGGUACAUUUCGAGACUCCAAUGGCAAACUUGCCUUCUCCAUUGACCAGAGUGGCCAAAUAAUUCAAAUCCAACGAUCGCCGCAGUUGAUCCCACAACUAAAAGACAUUACCCAGCUUAGUGCUGGUACAAAUUAUGUUCUAGCGCUUGACACAAGUGGCACCGUCUAUUCCUGGGGAAAUAAUGAGCAAUAUCAACUUGGGCACCGCUCACUUUCGCGGCAUCGGUCUUUGCCACUUCUGCCUAAGCUCGUCAGCUUGCCCAAAAAACAAAUCGCCUUUAUUUCUGCUGGAGCUUACCAUGCAUUUGCCAUCGACAAGACCGGAAAUGUUUGGGCAUGGGGUUGUAACAAUUUUGCACAAACAGGAAUCCGUCAAAAUGCAGGUGAUGAUGGUGCUGUUGUCUUUCCUCCACAGAAAGUUGAAUCCCUUGGGACGGGACAGAUCAAAUUGAUUCAGGGGGGGAAACAUCAUUCCGUUGCUGUCUCAUACAACGGUAAAUGCCUAGCCUGGGGCAAGAUUGAUGAUGGUCGGACUGGGAUUGAUACCAAGAGUCUUCCUUUGGAUGAUGCAAGCAUUCUUGUCGAAUACAACAAACCACGGGUUCUUCUUACACCUACGGCUUUGCCCAUUUCUAAUUGCAGUUUUGCCGCUGCUGGGGACGACCAUAGCAUCGCUCUGACCUCCGAGGGAACCGCUUACUCGUGGGGUCUGAAUAACUCAGGCCAAUGCGGCUUGGGCCCAAAUAACUACAAACGUGACCCUGAAGAGGAGGUCCUUACCGCUACUGUUAUAAGUUGCGAUGCCCUCCGCGGAAAACGUAUCUCCUGGGCUGGUGCCGGAGGCCAAUACUCAAUCAUCGCCUGUGAAACUUCCCCUGAGCCUUCUGAGGCCCAUGCCAAUGGUACCUCCUAA